AUGCUACUUCUCUCUAUUACAAUCAGGCAAAUCUUUAAGGCCCAGCAGAUAAUAUGGUCAUCGGCUACAAUGACAAUGAGAUUUCUGUAUGGAUUUCAAAAUGAUGAUACUAAUCUUUUUCAAUCGUGGAUAUCAUGGCCAAGUUAUGCAUCAGCUAUAUCUGAAGCUACAGCACGAAUUCAUAUAAAUCUUCGAGUUUUUCAUUAUAAAACUACUGAUCGAUCACCGAGUAAUGGAAAUUCCGUCGAAGUUAUGAUUCAUGAUUAUAUAUAUUGA